CUUCCCUAUAUUCUCGCCGGCCAACUCUCUCUCUUCCCCCAUUCGCUUACGCGCCAAACACAGAAAUAAUUCUCCGCCUAAUUCGCAAAUUUACUUCGACGACUGCCGGAAUGCUUCCGCACUCAUUCUUCUGAGCUCCCCACGAACUCAAACGAGAUUUCGAGAUGCCGGCGAUCUUCCAUCUCGCUGCCGCCAUUCUUCUCUGCAGCAUCCCGGCCAUCUGGUGUCUGGACGAAGGCGUCGUCCCUGACUUAAGGAACACCUCUCCGGCGGCGUUGCCGUACUUUACUAAAGUUUUUUAUGACCGCUUUGCGAACUUGAGCGAGGGUUUCGCCGUUGAGAUCAGUCAGCAUCUCGGGUUCUGCAUCAAGGAUCCGAAUAAGGAGUGGAACGGAGCGUUUAAUUUCUCGAAUGAUCUGGGGUUUGUGUCUGAUUGCAUCGCGGAUACCAACGGGGAUUUAACACAACGAAUCUGCACAGCUGCGGAAAUUAAGUUCUACUUCAACAGUUUCUUUUUUAAUGGGGGAAAAAAUAAUUUCUUGAGGCCUAACAGAAACUGCAAUACGUCUUCUUGGGUUUCUGGCUGUGAGCCUGGAUGGGCAUGCGGUGUUGUUGAAGAUCAGAAUGUUUCCCUUGAAGAUUCCGUAAACAUUCCUUCUAGAACCCAGAAUUGCCGUCCUUGCUGUGAGGGUUUCUUCUGUCCUCGUGGGAUUACCUGCAUGAUACCCUGUCCGUUAGGCGCAUAUUGUCCGCGUGCCAAUUUGAAUGCAUCUACUGGAGUUUGUGAUCCAUACAAUUAUCAGCCGCCUCCUGGGCAGACAAACCAUAGCUGUGGUGGUGCGGAUAGAUGGGCAGAUGUUGGAAGUAGCAGUGAAAUAUUCUGCCCUCCUGGAUAUUUUUGCCCAAGUACAAUUAGAAAAGUUUCUUGCAGUAGUGGCUAUUAUUGCAGGAUGGGAUCUAUGUCAGAGAAAAGGUGCUUCAGGAAGAACUCAUGCAAACCAAAUUCUGUGAAUCAAAAUAUCACUCUAUUCGGUGUUUUGUUAAUGGUUGCUAUGAGUUUGGUCUUAUUGAUUAUAUACAGCUUUUCUGGCCAAUUUCUAACCAUCCGAGAGAGAAGAGAAGCCAAAUCCAGAGAAGCUGCUGCAAGAAUUGCCAGAGAAACAGUCCAAGCUCGUGAGAGGUGGAAAGCUGCUAAAGCUCUUGCAAAGAAGCAUGCACAUGGACUUUCCCAAACGUUCCGUCGAAAGGCAUCUCUUAAGAUAUCUGACCAAAAUGCUUCAGAUGUGUCUCUAAAACAUUCAAAACCAUCAACAUCAAUGAAUGAGGAGUUGAUUAAUGUUGCUCAAAUGAUGCAUUCAAUUGAGGAUUACCCUGAGAGCAGUGAAGGCUUCAAUAUGCAUAUAGGUGAAACAAAUCUGAAAAAUGAUACGACCAAAGGAAAGCAAAUGCAAACUCGUAGCCAGAUCUUCAAGUAUGUAUAUGGUCAAAUUGAAAAGGAAAAGGCAAUGCAACAGAAUACCAACAAUUUGACUUUUUCAGGAGUGGUUGCUUUGGCCACUGAUAUUAAAAUAAGAACUAGGCCUGUAAUUGAAAUUACUUUUAAGAAUCUAACCCUGACACUGAAAGGAAGUAGAAAGCAGCUUCUAAAGAAUAUCACGGGAAAACUAAUGCCUGGUCGUGUUGCUGCUGUUAUGGGUCCAUCAGGGGCAGGAAAGACAACAUUUCUCAGUGCUUUGGCUGGGAGGACUACAGGAUGUGAUGUGAGUGGUUCAGUUCUGAUAAAUGGUAAAGCAGAACCUAUGCGCUCGUAUAAGAAAAUCAUUGGUUUUGUGCCACAAGACGACAUUGUGCAUGGAAAUUUGACAGUAGAAGAAAAUCUAUGGUUCAGUGCAAGGUGCAGGCUUUCAGCGGACAUGCCAAAGGCUGAUAAAGUUUUAGUUGUGGAAAGGGUAAUUGAAUCUUUGGGACUCCAAUCUGUGCGAGAUUGCCUUGUUGGGACAGUGGAAAAGCGUGGAAUCUCUGGUGGCCAAAGAAAAAGAGUGAAUGUUGGGCUUGAAAUGGUGAUGGAACCUUCAUUGCUGAUACUGGAUGAACCUACAUCUGGUUUGGAUAGCGCUUCAUCUCAGUUGCUUCUAAGAGCUCUUCGUCGUGAGGCGCUUGAAGGGGUAAACAUUUGUAUGGUGGUCCAUCAACCAAGCUAUACUUUGUUCAAAAUGUUUGAUGACUUGGUACUGCUAGCAAAAGGUGGUCUAGUUGUAUAUCUUGGGGCUGUAAAGAAAGUCGAAGAUUACUUCUAUGGCCUUGGGAUUGAUGUUCCUGAGCGUGUGAAUCCUCCAGAUUACUUCAUUGAUAUCUUAGAGGGCAUAGUAAAGCCACCGGGGAUCAAAGUUAGAGAACUCCCCCUUCGGUGGAUGCUAUCGAAUGGAAAUGAUGUACCCCCUGACAUGCAGCAGAGCUUGAGUACUCUUGACAUGCUGGGAAAGGACUGGGAAGCAAAAGAUUCUGGCGGAAGCAGUGAGCAGUCAGCUGCUGGGGAAGUCUGGGAUAGUAUCAAGGAUGAAUUUCAGCUUAGAAGAGAACAUUUAGAGCAUAAUUUAUCAAAAGCAAAAGAUUUAUCUAGUCGAAGCACUCCUGGCAUUCUCCAGCAAUACAGAUACUUCCUGGGAAGGGUUGGUAAGCAGCGCCUGCGUGAGGCUAGAAUACAAGGAAUUGAUUUUCUAAUUUUAGGCCUGGCUGGAGUUUGCCUCGGAACACUUGCUAAAGUGAGUGAUGAAUCAUUCGGAGCAUCUGGCUAUACAUAUACUAUCAUUGCUGUUUCUCUCUUAUGCAAGAUUGGAGCUUUGAGAUCAUUCUCACCUGAGAAAUUGCAUUAUUGGAGAGAGAGAUCAUCGGGCAUGAGUUCAUUGGCUUAUUUUAUGUCGAAAGACACCAUUGACCAUUUCAAUACUCUCGUUAAGCCUAUAGUUUACCUCUCAAUGUUUUAUUUCUUCAACAACCCAAGGUCAUCAAUAUUGGACAACUACGUCAUCUUGGUGGCACUAGUCUACUGUGUCACUGGAAUUGGUUAUAUUUUUGCCAUUUGCUUCCAUCCAGGCUCUGCUCAACUAUGGUCUGCACUUCUUCCUGUUGUCUUAACUCUGAUAGCUACACAGCAAAGAAAUUCAAAAGUUUUGACUAAUUUAUGCUACUCUAAGUGGGCGCUAGAAGGAUUUGUAAUAGCAAGUGCAGAAAGGUAUUCUGGCGUGUGGUUGAUUACCAGGUGCGGCUCUUUAAUGAAAUUUGGUUAUGAUAUUCAUGACUGGAAUCUGUGUGUUAUCGUCCUCUUUGCUUAUGGUUUGGCUUCCCGCUUCAUUGCCUUCAUUUGCAUGGUUUCUUUCCUCAAGAAAUGAUACCAUGAAGAUGCCUCCUCUCUAUUUCAUUUACACAACAAAAAUGAAUCUAUAUGAGCAGCAAAUGUGCUUUCAUAAAGAACAUCUAAAUCACAUUAAAGUCUAUGCAUGAAAAAAAGUAUAUAUUUUUUUUAUUUUUAAAAAGUUAAUAAUAAUAAUAAUAUUUUUGAUGUGAUGAGAACUACAUAUAAAGAUUUAGGUGCUAGAU